CCCUGUGGCUCUAUAUCCUAGGGUUUUGCAACCCCCAACUUCAUUUCCUUCGUUUUUCAUUUUGCUAAUCGGCGGUGUUUCAAUAGUCGGUGGUAACGUGGCAAUGGCAUCGAAUAUGUUUGUGGUUCCUCAGACGAGAGGUACCGUCUUGUGUUGCAAAUGCGGUAUUUCGAUGGCACCAAAUCCCGCCAACAUGUGCGUGACUUGUUUGAGGUCCGAAGUCGACAUCACAGAAGGUUUACGGAAGCAUGUGACCAUUAUGCAUUGUCCCGAGUGUGAUAGCUACUUGCAGCCCCCUAGAACUUGGAUAAAAGCUCAGCUAGAAUCGAAGGAGCUCUUGACAUUUUGUGUGAAACGGUUGGAAACCGAUUUGAAAAAAGUUAGGCUAGUAAAUGCUGAAUUCAUUUGGACAGAACCACAUUCGAAGAGACUCAAGGUCAAGCUGAAAGUUCAGAAGGAGGUUCUCAACGGGGCUAUUCUGGAGCAGUCUUACGUCGUUGAGUAUGUUCAGCAAGAUCACAUGUGUGAAUCUUGUACGAGGAUUCAGGCCAACCCUGAUCAGUGGGUGGCUUCUGUGCAGAUCAGACAGCGUGUUACACACAGGCGGACUUUCUUUUAUCUAGAGCAGCUGAUCCUGAAACAUGAUGCUGCUGUCCAUGCCAUUAAGAUCAAGCAAAUGGAUCAGGGUAUCGAUUUGUUCUUCGCUAACAGGAGUCAUGCUGUGAAGUUUGUGGAAUUUUUAGGUAAAGUUGCUCCGACAAGGAGCAGACAUGACAAACAGCUUGUGUCCCAUGAUUCUAAGAGUAAUAACUACAAUUAUAAGUAUACGUUCUCGGUUGAAAUAUCCCCCAUUUGCCGUGAGGAUCUGAUUUGUUUGCCUCCGAAAGUGGCUGCUAGUUUGGGUAAUCUCGGUCCACUUGUGAUCUGCACAAAAGUGACAAACAACAUUACGCUGUUGGAUCCUCUUACUCUGAGGCAGUGUUUCUUGGACACAGAACAGUAUUGGAGGCACUCGUUUAAGUCUCUACUUGGUAGCAGGCAGCUGGUGGAAUAUGAUAUCUUUAAUAUCGAAGUUGUAUCUCCUGAAUACAAUCUCGGGGGAUCCAAAUAUGUGAUUGCAGAUGCUGAGGUAGCUCGUGUAAGUGAUUACGGAAAGUUGUUUUACAUAAGGACACAUCUAGGCCAUCUUCUAAAGCCUGGAGACCGCGCUCUCGGCUACGACCUUUAUGGGGCCAACAGUAACAAUAUCGAACUCGAUAAGUAUAAAGGACUGGUCCUUCCCGAGGCAAUUUUGAUAAAGAAGAGCUAUGAAGAAAAACGCCAGAAGAAACGCGGGAAACCUCGUCCGUGGAAGCUCAAGUCCCUUGAGAUGGAAGUUGAUGAAUUUAGAGGUAGAGGAAACGAACAGAAGGUGGAGUCGGAUUACGAAGAGUUCUUGAGAGAUCUGGAAGAGAACCCGGAAUUAAGGUUCAACUUAUCGCUGUACCGCAACAGGGAAUACCAGCUGUCGGAAAUGGUGUCCGUGUCGGAUGGGGAUGACGCUCCUUCCGUCCCGUUGGAAGAGCUGCUCGCCGAUCUCGAGUUGAGUGAACAAGAAGAUGGUGAAGAUGGCAUGAGAGAAUGAAUCUAAUGCUGUAAGUCUCGUAUAUUCCUUUUUGUGAGUCUUGUCU